AUGGGCCCCGCCGCGCGCAUCUACGUGUACGCCGGGGGGACGUCGUGCCCCAGCAUCGACGACGUCCGCGUCGUGCGGGUGGAGGCUGCCUCGGGCUUGGCAGGCAAGGGCGCCGCCGCUCCGGCGCCCGCCCCCCCCGGCGGCGAGGGCGGCUACCACCCGAUGGUUGCUGGGCGAGCCACCCGGAAGGUCCAGGAGGUCGUGCAGCCGUGGCAGAGCAGGGGGGUCACCACGGAGGACGACGGGAGAGCCCGCGAGGAGCGCGAGAUCGCGCGGCGAGCCUGCUGCGAGCACCUAAAGGAAGAGGAGCGGAGGCUCCGGUCCACAACGACGCUGCCGCCACUGUCGACCACGGCGCGUCCGAAGCUGGGCUGCUGCCAAAAGAUCGAUUUCCGCGCCGGAUCCCUUGCGGCCAAUGCUAGCGGGACAUAUGAGAUCGACCCGUCCUUCGAAGCGUUCGGCACAGUCUACCGGCUGCAAGGUCCAGGACCUAGAAGGGUGGAAAAUUGGUCCACCAUCAUCAUGUUCGACCCGUGGAGCUCCAAGUGGCUGCUCACCUCCCGGCUGCCCCACUGCGGCGCCAUCUACGGCGUGGGCAAGGCCGGGCCCCGCAGCUCCUGCCCCGCCGAGAACGGGGCGUCUGGAACAGCGGUGUCGACCGCGACGUUUCCAUCCGCUGCGUCCGAGCGCCACCGCCGCCACCCACGCCACAGCACGAGCCGCCCCCGGAGUCCGGCAUGCAGUGGGACCCGGGAGGCAUGA